AUGGGUGUACCACUUCAAGCUGGCCAUUUCGUCACAGUUACUACAGGAGCCUAUGUGAGGAUGGUUAUUAUAGGUUUGGGAUAUCUAUUCCCGAUAUCAGCUAUAUGGGCAGCAUUCGACUAUUGGCGAAGUCUCUUCCCAAAUACGAACGUCGAAUUCCCCAUCACCUGUAUAUAUCAGGCUGGGACUAUACUAACGGUAGCUGCCCUUUCCCUCGGGAGGAGUUUCAAGUUCAAGCAACGUAUUUACGGAGCCUUCGCUGGGCAGUUCUUUGGCUUACUGGUCAUUCUAUUAUCACGAUGGAUGAGUCUGGGAGAAGCGACUCGUUAUGUAUCCCUCAUGACUCUAGUGCUCUUCUUGUCGGUGGUGACAGCAUUUGCUGAUUCGAGCCUGUUGGCUUUGAACUCGCAGUACUCGCCCAGAAUGCAGGAAGCCAUGCAGAUCGGCAUAGGUUUAUCAGCCUUCGUAUCUGUUAUGUACCGGGAUAUCACUAAAGUGAUGGCAGCAUCUGUAGUUGACGCCACUACUCUAUACUUCAGCGCGGCUCUGGUCACGAUCAUCAUAUGUGCUGUUUGCUUCUACUCCCUGAUGAGUAUGCCGAUAUCAGCUCAUCUGCAUAACGUUAUUAUACCUGGGGAAGAUGACAAUGAGGACAGUACUGAUGGAGACAUGACUCGGAGUCUGCUGAGUCCACCGUCGAAUGGUAAUCCCCACCGUUCUCUCCAUAUAGCAGAUGUCAUCGGGAAAGUAUGGUUCCACGAGGCCAUUAUCUUCUCCCAGUUGAUGAUCACUCUUACUUGCUAUCCUUCGGUCAUCACGGCCAUCCCGUGCGUUACCUUUACCUCUCUCGACAAAGACCAUUGGUUCCAGACCAUCCUACUUACGGUCUUUACCACUGCAGAUGUCAUCGGGAGAUUCUCGGUUCGUUUUCGAGGGCCACUUGAUCACUCCAAUGUAUGGCUAACCCUCAUAUUCCGUGCCCUUCUUGUUCCUUUCCUCUUUUCUUGUGCAACCGAGGUCAUCUCAAGCGACUGGAUCUCGCUCCCUGUCAUUUUUAUAUUCGGACUGGCCAACGGUUAUUCAGUGAGCCUCACUCUCAUCACUGUGAAUGAGAUACCGGGGCUCACAGCUGACGAGCUGAAGGCUGCUGGCCGCUUCUCUGCGGUUGCUCUUAAUUCAGGUCUCUGCAUAGGAGGAUUCGUCUCGAUGGGAAUAGGCCUAUGGCUGGGUAUAGCGGGUUGA